AUGGACCCGCGGCUGCGCGAGCUGCGUCUCCAGGAGGAGAAGGACUUUCUGGAGAGCGUCGCGCUGCCCCAGCCAGCUGGAAGUCCUGAGAAGGCUGGAGGGCCUGCUGGUGAGAGCACCCAGCGCCCCUCCCCAGUGGAGGAAGGCAGGGCAGGCUGGAGGGGCCAGGCCAUUGUCCCAGAGCCUCUCUGUGUCGGAGGAGACUGGCAGGUGCCGUGCAUCCCCAAGUCCUCCAGGGAUGCCACCCUAAUCCUGGACGCGGUGAGGCGCAAUGAGUUCCUGCGGUGCUUGGGCGACGGGCAGAGCCAGACGCUGGUGGAGAGCUUCACCCCAGAGCAGCGCCAGCCCGGAGAGGCCGUCGUGGCCGAGGGCGAGGAGGGGCACACCAUGUACAUCGUGGCUGCGGGGGAGCUCAGCGUUACGCAGAAGAGCCGCCGGCUCCGUGUGCUGCUGCCCGGGGACGUCUUUGGGGAGCUGGCGGUUCUGUACAACUGCCAGCGCACGGCGACCGUCACGGCGCUCACCGUGGUGCAGCUGUGGGCCAUUGACCGGCAGACGUACCGCACCAUCAUCACCGAGAACGCCAAGCGACGGCGGGCCCAGGUCCUGGCGGGCCUCCGAGGGGUGAAGCCGCUGCAGGGCCUCUCGGAGGCGGCCCUCUCCCAGCUGCUGGACUCUGCGGAGGAGCGCUCCUUCGCCCGCGGCGAGGUCAUCAUCCAGGAGGGUGACGAGGGGAGGACCUUCUUCUUCAUCCUCAGCGGGCAGGUGGAGGUGACGAGGGACGUGGAGGGGCGGGAGGAGCACAUCCGAGUGAUGAAGGCUGGGGAGCACUUUGGAGAGCUCGCCCUCAUCCGCAACAUUCGCCGGACAGCCAGCUGCCGGGCCCAGGGCGAGGUCACGUGCAUCGCGGUAGCCAAAGAAGACUUCCAGGAGCUGAGUCCAAUGUGUGCGCGCGAGCCGGAAGUGGCUGUGCAGGAAGCCCCCCAGCUCCCGGAGGCCAGACGCGGUUCCCUCCUGGAGGGGCCGCCCACCCCCCCGCUGCUGCAGGACCUGCUUCCGGUUUGCUACGAGGAGGGAGAGCAGCAAGGGCAGCCCGUGGUGUUGGGCACCGGGGGCUUCGGCACGGUGGAGCUGGUGCGGAGCGUGGACGCCGGGGGGCCGGAGCGCCUCUUCGCCCUCAAGCGGCUGCGCAAGGACCGCGUGGUGGAGAAGCGCCAGCAGGAGCACGUGCUCAUGGAGAAGAAGGUGCUGCAGCAGAGCCACUGCCCCUUCAUCGUCAGGCUCUUCGCGACCUUCCGGGACAGCCGCCACGUCUACCUGCUGCUGGAGUUCUGCCAGGGAGGAGAGCUUUGGGCCAAGCUGCGAGAGGCCCGCUGCUUCCCGGAGCCCGUGGCGGUCUUCUGCGCGGCCUGCGCGGUCGAGGCCUUGGAGCACCUGCACCAGCGGGGCAUCGUGUACCGCGACCUGAAGCCCGAGAACCUCAUGCUGGACACCAAGGGCUACGUCAAGCUGGUGGACUUCGGCUUCGCCAAGGCCCUGAAGCGUGGGGAGAAGACCUACUCCUUCUGUGGGACUCCCGAGUACCUGGCCCCCGAGAUCCUGCGCCACGAGGGCCACGACUAUGCCGUGGACUUUUGGACGCUUGGUGUGCUCAUCUUUGAGAUGCUUGUAGGACGCCCCCCAUUCCACAGUGCUGAACCCCAGAAGAUGUACAGCAAGAUCAUGGAGGGCGUCUUCUCCUUCCCCGUCUCUGUGAGCGAGGCCGCCUGCUCCCUCGUGGCUCGGCUUUGCAGGCGCCGACCCGGUCAGCGUCUCGGCAACACCAGCAGCGGCAUCCGGGGCAUCCGGAAGCACAGGUGGUUCAGCGCCCUCUCGUGGAAGAAGCUGGCCCUGCGGCAGAUCGAGGCCCCCACCACCGUGCUGCUCAAGCAGGGCCCCUGCUACGCCAACUUCAGGAGGUUCUCCGUGUCGCGGCAGCUGCCCGAGGAGGAGUUCUCCGGCUGGGACGAGGACUUCUGA